AUGUCUUCCACCACUGCCCCUGCGUUCAAGCCGUUCAACCUCGCCCUCAUCCAGCUCGGCCAGGUUGGAGUCGACAAAGCCGCAAACCUCAAGCAUGCCAGGGAGAUGAUUUCCAAGGCUGUCAGCGGCGACGGUGGAAACAAGCCGAAACCUGAUCUCGUAGUCCUUCCCGAAUGCUUCAACUCUCUGUACGGCCACACCUACUUCCCAGAGACCUCUGAAAACAUCGCGUACACGCCUGGACAACUGUAUGACGUCGACAAGUCGGAGAGUCAGCAGGUCCUAAUCACAAUACCGCCGCGGCCUCUACCGAUGCGCGUUCUAGGAUCUAUCCCCGAGCGCGAGCAAAGCACUGGCAAACUGUACAACACGGCCACGGUGUACUCCCCCAAAGGCGAGCUCGUGGCCAUGCACCGGAAGGUGCAUCUGUUCGACAUCGACAUUCCUGGCAAGAUCACCUUCAAGGAAAGCGAGAAUCUUAGUCCAGGAGAGACGAUCAACCAUUUGGACACCGAGUUUGCGCGCAUCGGACUGGGGAUCUGCUACGACGUCAGGUUCCCGGAGUUGGCCAUGACUUGUGCUCGUCGAGGGUGCCACAUGAUGAUCUACCCCAGCGCGUUCAACACGACGACCGGACCGAUGCAUUGGGAGCUCCUGCAGCGUGCACGCGCGGUGGACAACCAGGUGUUCUUCUCGAUGUGCAGCCCGGCGCGGGACAUGACGCAGAGCUACCAUGCGUGGGGCCACUCGAUGGUCGUAGAUCCGAUGGGCAGGGUACUGGAGGAGGCAGGACACGAGGAGGACAUCCUGUAUGUGCACAUCGACCCGAAGACGUUCGAGGACGCGCGUGCGGCCAUCCCGGUGACCACCCAGCGAAGAUUCGGAGUGUACCCAGACGUGGCGGGGGAGAGCUGA